AUGGAGGAACGGGGCCAGUGGAGCAACAAGGUAGAGUUUGUGCUUUCAGUUGCUGGUUCCAUCAUCGGACUGGGCAACAUGUGGCGCUUCCCUUACCUCUGCUACAAGAACGGGGGAGGUGCAUUCCUCAUCCCUUACCUGAUAUUCCUGUUCACCUGUGGUGUCCCUGUCUUCUUCCUGGAGACGGCCUUGGGUCAGUACACGAGUGAGGGAGGUAUUACCUGCUGGAGAAAAAUUAGUCCAUUAUUUGAAGGUCUUGGUUAUGGCACGCAGGUAAUAGUGACUCUGUUGAACUUCUACUACAUCAUUGUUUUGGCCUGGGGGAUUUUCUAUCUGUAUUUCUCCUUCUCCUGGGACCUGGCCUGGUCCUCCUGCAACAACACAUGGAACACAGGUAAUAAGUCCACAUUCAGGUGUUGUUCUUGUUCAAACUGUGUGGAGUUUCAGAGAAGAAACACCUCUAUCAACACAACAAUCAAUCCUAAUGCAACUUCUCCUGUCAUGGAGUUCUGGGAGAGAAGAGCGCUGAGAAUUUCCCCUGGCCUUGACCACAUGGGUACUCUGAACUGGGAUCUGGCCCUGUGUCUGCUCAUUGCCUGGAUCAUGUGUUACUUUUGCAUCUGGAAGGGGGUGAAAUCUACAGGCAAGGUGGUCUACUUCACUGCCACCUUCCCCUAUCUGAUGCUGAUAGUGCUGUUAAUUAGAGGGCUCACCCUGCCGGGAGCUGGAAUAGGCAUCCAGUUCUAUCUUUAUCCUGACCUAGGACGACUGGCAGACCCCCAGGUGUGGAUGGAUGCAGGUACCCAGAUCUUCUUCUCCUAUGCCAUUUGUUUGGGGUCACUGACUGCUCUGGGCAGCUAUAACAGAUAUAACAAUAACUGCUACAAAGACUGCCUGGCAUUGUGCUUUCUGAACAGUGGCACCAGUUUUAUGGCAGGCUUUGCGAUCUUCUCCAUCCUGGGUUUCAUGUCUUAUGAACAGAAUGUUCCUAUCUCUGAAGUGGCAGAAUCUGGUCCUGGUCUGGCAUUCAUAGCUUAUCCCCGUGCUGUGUCAAUGAUGCCUUUCUCUCCCCUCUGGGCUGCCCUCUUCUUCAUCAUGAUUGUUUUUCUGGGGUUGGACAGCCAGUUUGUUUGUGUAGAGAGUCUCGUGACAGCGAUUGUUGACAUGUACCCUGCUGUGUUCAGACGUAAAAACCGCAGGGAGCUCUUCCUGUUAGCUGUGGCAUUUUUAUCCUUCAUUGUGGGUCUCAUCAUGUUGAUGGAGGGUGGUAUGUAUGUCUUCCAACUCUUUGAUUACUAUGCAGCCAGUGGUAUGUGUCUUCUCUUCAUGUCCAUCUUUGAGACGGUGUGCAUUGCAUGGGUCUAUGGUGCAGAACGGUUUUAUGAUAAUAUUGAGGACAUGAUUGGCUACCGCCCAGGACCUUAUAUCAAAUACUGUUGGUUGUUCUUCACCCCAGCCACAUGCAUCGGUACCUUUGCCUUCUCCCUCAUCAAAUACACACCUCUGAAGUACAACAAUGAGUAUAUUUAUCCAUGGUGGGGCUAUGCUAUUGGCUGGCUGCUUGCUCUUUCUUCUAUGGUCUGCAUCCCCCUUUGGAUGUUGUACAAGAUCAGUACCACCCAGGGAACACUAAGAGAGCGUAUUAAGUUCCUCAUCACACCAUCUGAUGACUUACCUAAAACCAAGAGGGAGCAGGAGAGGUUAUUGGCCAUCUUUGCUCCUGAAGCAGAAAUCAACAUAACUACCAAUGGCUACCUUCCUGUGUCAGAGAGUGACUCCAGCAUAUAAGGCACCUGAGGUGAUAUGUAUGAGAAAGCACAUGAAGUCCGUUUUUGUCUUACAGUGCCAUUGCCUCCAUCUGGGUGAUCACUGUGGCUAAGAUCCAACAAACUGUUACGUUACAUAGUUGAAUACAUAAACAAAAAAUAAAACCCACUCAGGAGAUAAUAGGCCUACAGUCUGUUGGGUUUGGCAGUGCUUGUAGAGUAAUGGCAGAAAAGAGGGAUCAACACAAUGAAAGUACAAAGUAGCUCAUUCAUUUCAUUGUGUAUAUGUGUUACUUUUCAGGGAGAAAAAGUCAUAUCUAGAUUCAAACUGAAAUCUAUUGUUCAUUUCUACAACAAAUUGAGUUAAAGUGUCUCUUAACUAUAAAGUGUUACCAUUUUCCAGUUGGAAUAUUCUAAACAGUGAUGGUAAUAAUUACUGAGACAUAUAUGCAGGGACUACCAAAAUGUAAAAAAAAAUAUAAAUAGUGAGGAUGAAUUUUAUCUGCAUUUAAAGACAAUAAAUUACCACAUAUUACUGCACAGUAAUAGAUGAGGCUGAUCAUUUCUCAGCAAUGUAGAGACUGAAGUCGUCGU